CAUGCCAUGACCCACCGCUUCUUCCUCCUAGCCCAGCGCGUCCUCCCCCUAUUUAACAGCGCCUCCUCGUCGAGCCGAGACCACCCAUUCCAAACCAAACACAAGAGCUAGCUAGCGUCCGACUAGUGACUCGCUUCAACAACCAGCAAGCAGAGAGGCAAGAACCCAAGAGAGAAAGCAAGAUGUGUGGUGGUGCGAUCCUCGCCGAGCUCAUACCGAGCACGCCGGCGGGCCGCGUCACGCCGGGCCACCUCUGGCCGGCGGCAAGCAAGGGCAAGCAGCAGCGGAGGGCCGACGACUACGAGGCGGCCUUCCGGGAGUUCGACGAGGAGGAGGAAGAGGUGGAGAGCAAGCCGGCGUUCGCGUUCAGCGCUUCCUUCGCCGCGACGAGGAAGCUAAGGAGGCAGCAGCGCCAGGAGCUGGCCGCGCCGGCGCCGAGCAGGCGCCGCAAGGCCGCCCAGUACAAGGGCGUCCGCCGCCGCCCGUGGGGUAAGUGGGCGGCCGAGAUCCGCGACCCCGUCAAGGGCGUCCGCGUCUGGCUCGGCACCUUCCCCUCCGCCGAGGCCGCCGCGCUCGCCUACGACGCCGCCGCGCGCGACAUCCGCGGGGCCAGGGCCAAGCUCAACUUCCCCUCACCCGCCGACGCCGUCCAGAACAGCGGCAAGCGCGGCCGCGCCGCCGAGGUCGUCGACCUCGUCGCCGACGAGGAGGACGAGGCCAGCGAGAGCUCCGAUUCCGGCGCGCUCCCGGACUUCUCGUGGCAGGGCGUGUCGGUGUACGACGAGGAGGCCCCCGCGGCGCACCCCGCCCUGGAGGCCGCCGACCAGAGCAGCGGCGGCGCUAGCAAGCGCCAGAGGACCGAGCCGGAGAGCGCCGACGACGAGGCGUCGCCCCGGGCCUCCGACUCCGAGUCGGACGCCCUGUUCGACGCGUUCAUCUUCGGCGACCAGUUCGCCUACUUCAACGGCGGCGCCUACGAGUCCCUGGACAGCCUGUUCAGCGCGGACGCCGUGCAGGGCAGCAGCGCCGCCGUCGCGGCGGACGAGGGGAUGGGCCUGUGGAGCUUCGACGACGGCUGCCUCGUCGAGGACAACCUGUCGUUUUAAGCUUCCUCGCCUGUGGUCAUGUCUUGUAAACUACGGAUGGUUUUGUAAAAUUUUGUCUAGUUUGAAACCUUCAAUCGAGGAAGAGCUGCAAUUACCGUUCUCUAAACAUCUUUCCCGGAUCGAGGAAGAACAGAAAUUACCGUUCUCAAAAACAUGUUGCUCUAUCCUUUCAUAUCCAAGCGUUGAUAGUCAUCUAGCCUUUGAUGAGGAA